UCUCUCUCUCUCUCUCUCUCUCUCUCUCUCUCUCUCUCUCUCUCUCUCUCUCUCUCUCUCUCAGGUUUCCCCUCUUGGUUUGUAUUUAUCCUACUAUUAGAAAAUCUCUGGAUCUCUCUCCUCCACCCCACUUUCACAUCAGAAUGAACACUUGACAUCCCUCACACUCUCAAAAGCGAGGAGUUGUCACCGCCUCGCCCACAAGGACUCUCGCGUCCUUUACGGCAUCCCUGACACUCGAGUCAGGUUGUGCCUCGUCUCGGAGGAUGCUGCAGGUCUGACGGCGGGAGGGUUAAUGAGGACGCACGGAAAGAAGCCCAGUUCCACAUAGCGUGGUAGCGGCCCCGCAUCGGAUCGCCUUCUUGGAACCGCCAGUGCUCUUCGGAUCAUUGGGAAAGGGGCAUUGAUCGAUCGGUGAUAGUUAUAAUGACAGAAGUUCGGUUGUGAGACGAGUUCCAUGUGUCGGACGGAAGCUUAGCGAUGAUCAAGAGGAAUCCCCGAGUGCAGUGCGCCUCCCUGGGCUCUGGACCAUGGUGGAAGUCAGUGAAGGCGUCAGAGAGCACGAGCAACAACGAGCGCACUGCCUUGGUCAAGCCUGCCGCCGCCUGUGCUACACCCACACCCUCGGCCUCUUCAGUUUUCUGACUACGAACAGCCGUCGCGGAUUACCAGCAGGGUACAGUGUGAUCGUUGUCUCCAGGUUCCCAGAGUUCCUCGGCUUCCAGAAAUCGAUUUAAUAGUUUUUGGCCACGUGCUCCCAUCCCCACCCAGCUACAAGGCUCAAAACUCUCUGCCACAGUACAUGAGAGGCAGCGAGUAGAUACCAGUCUAGCUUUUUAUUUCUAAGAGCAUCAUUAUCAAGUGCACAGCUUGUGGUCAGAACUGCUGGGAACUACCCAGUUUAUUACACGCACGGAGACGCCGCAUGAAUACAAAGGGCGGCGCAUCUCAAACCACAUAAUCUGCCACAUGCUGCGUGAGUCAGAAGUCAAGAGAUAAGUGUAGAGGCAUCGUGAUGUAUCGCUUUGCUUUACAUGUCAUGUAUUUCUGACUUUAUUCCUAAAGCCAUCGGUCUGUUGGAUUUAGUGAACUCGAAAAAAAUCGCCUUUGAACAUAAUCAGACGUUACUGUGAAUGACUCUCUAUCCACGCUUAGAAUUCGCAACUCAAUGUGUAGAGUAUGAUCGGCUGACAUGAAUGUGGACAAACGUAUCUGCUAUCUUGGCUGUGAAUCGAUCCUUACUACUAAAUAUUUUUGAAACUUAAAAAUCACAAAUGAGUAUUUUUCAAAGUAUUGUUGUGCCAAUUAUAGAUAUAUAUAUGUAUGUAUGUAAAAAUAUAACAAAUUAGUUUAUUAUAUUUGAUAUAAGUGGGGAAAAUCAUAUAUAUAUAUACAUAUAUAGAGUUAUCUGUCUGAACCCUAUUUUCCUAGAAACAAACGCCUGUGAACAGUCUCCAAACACAUUUUAAUAAUCACACUAACUCUUAGCACUGUAUAUAUCACCUAAGCAGGAUCUGAUAAAGCCUUAAGACACAUAUAUAAAUAACUAAGCAGCGUGUUAGAAUAUGUAUCUUGCAGCGACUUGGUUGUGAGGAACAUUACCUGAAGCUUGCACGAACUCGAAAGGAGAGUUCCUGUGUGCUGUCUACCGUGAAGGAUAUAUGACGAGGAUCUUCGUGUUAUAUAUGAUGAUCUACACAUUCCAGUGAAAUUACAAUCUCGUCGUGAAAACAGUUAGAAGGAGAAACCAUAUUAAAAAAACACAAAGAAAAUAGAGAAAAUAGAACGUGUUGCAUAUCUUAGGGAAGUGGAUAUGACAUAUGUAUAAGUGAGACUUCGAUGAAAGUGAAAUAAGAUACUUAGUAUAAGUAACUUUCGAACAAGAAGAAAUAGUUCAUGUUCGUGCUCACCGUGUGAAUAAUAUAUAUUACAUGAAUGUGACAGCUUAUGUAUAUUCCUGUGAUUUAUGAGCCUUCCAUUUGUUUUCAAUCAAGCAUUCUGAAAUUUGAAAUGUUCCAUGUAAGCGUAUGGAAGAACUGAAGAUUUUAUUCUUGAGUGUCCCAUAAAAAGGUAUUUCGAAACACGUUUUCUUUGGUUCCGUGCGAAGGGGUAGCUACAGUAAUCACACAUAUAAUAACUUUAUUGUAUGAUCGUCACUUUCUGAAAAGUGAUAAUAUAUUUUUUACUUUGUACUGCAUUUACUGGUAACUAUCGCAAUUCCAAGGAAGUGUUCGUUUUAGAAAUCUUGAAAGGAAAACAUGGACGGAGUACUCAGUGCCACAGCUAGAGCGACAACGUAAAUGCGUCCUUUCCGAAACAUAUAUAAUACCAACAGGCCUUCUUCAGCAACCAAGUAAACACAAAAGCGUCAAGGUGGAAGAGAUCGGCAGGUUCGACGGGGAGGUGGAAGGAGGAGGCAGGAAAAUAGGCGAGGACGAUCCGGGGGGGAAGAAAAGUGAGGCGAGAAAAGAGGAAGGAGGGGGAGGUGGAGGAGGAGGAGGAGGGAAAGGCAGAGGGUUGAGGGGCCGUCGAGAAGAACUGGUGUGGAUGUCGGGUAUGGUGGCCAGAGGGAUGAUUCGCCAAUCAAGUCUCACCAGGUUGGGGCUCAUGAUCAACACUGCCGUCACGGGGGUGGUUAGCAACACGACCAAUAAUAAGAAAGGCAAUGGGGAGAUCCAAUGGUGCUUCUCUCAAGUCAAGGGAACUCUCGACGACGAUGUUAGUGAAGCUGACAUCAUAUCCUGUGUAGAGUUCAAUCAUGAUGGAGACUUGCUUGCCACUGGGGACAAGGGUGGCAGAGUUGUCAUCUUCCAACGUGACCCAUCAUCCAAGAAUUGCCAUCCGAGGCGGGGAGAGUACAACGUCUACAGCACCUUCCAGAGCCAUGAACCGGAGUUUGAUUACCUUAAGUCUUUAGAAAUUGAGGAAAAGAUCAACAAAAUUAGAUGGCUGAAAAGGAAAAACCCUGCACACUUUUUACUAUCUACUAAUGAUAAAACAAUAAAGUUAUGGAAGGUUUCGGAACGAGACAAGCGAGCAGAGGGCUACAACUUAAGGGACGAGUCCGGCCAAAUCAGGGACCCAACUUCACUCACAACUUUACGGGUGCCUGUCUUAAAACCAAUGGAGCUUAUGGUAGAAGCCUCUCCUCGGAGAAUUUUCGCCAAUGCACAUACGUACCACAUCAACUCCAUCUCUAUUAAUUCAGAUCAGGAGACCUAUUUGUCAGCUGAUGAUCUUCGCAUCAAUUUAUGGCAUAUGGAAGUUACUGAUCAGUCAUUCAACAUCGUGGACAUCAAGCCUACCAACAUGGAAGAAUUAACAGAAGUGAUUACUGCUGCCGAGUUUCAUCCACAUGACUGCAAUGUAUUUGUAUACUCAAGCAGUAAGGGAACCAUUCGCUUAUGUGACAUGCGGCAAGCUGCCCUCUGUGAUAGUCACUCUAAAUUAUUUGAGGAGCCUGAGGAUCCAACCAACCGUUGUUUCUUCAGUGAAAUUAUCUCCUCCAUUAGUGAUGUUAAGUUCUCCAACAGCGGUCGCUACAUGAUCUCUAGGGAUUACCUCUCUGUCAAAGUAUGGGAUCUACACAUGGAGACCAAACCUAUAGAAACGUAUCCGGUGCAUGAAUAUCUACGUUCCAAGCUGUGCUCACUCUAUGAGAAUGACUGUAUAUUUGAUAAGUUUGAAUGUUGUUGGAGCGGCAAUGACUCUGCCAUCAUGACAGGCUCGUACAACAACUUCUUCCGCAUGUUUGACAGAACGACAAAGAGAGAUGUAACUCUAGAAGCCUCAAGGGAAACUGCUAAGCCUAGAACUUUACUAAAGCCAAGAAAGGUAUGUACUGCAGGCAAAAGAAAGAAAGAUGAGAUCAGUGUAGACUGCCUUGAUUUCAAUAAGAAGAUCCUCCACACAGCAUGGCACCCACAUGAAAAUAUAAUUGCUGUGGCUGCAACUAACAACCUCUACAUAUUCCAAGACAAAUUUUAGCGGUCCUCCUGUGACUAGAGUUUAGACCCCCAUCUGGUGGAUGUCUGGGCAUGGCUAUCAGGUGGUGCAAGAAAGGUCCCCUGGAAGGGCUGUUGCAUUAACUCGGCCUGCCCCACAAAGUUGCAUCUGCAUGAAGCCACAAAACUCGCGUUGGCCACCCUAUCAAGGCUCACCUUUGGUCGAGUUGUGGCUCAUUUGUCUCUUGGGUUGUUUUGUUUACAAGUCGACGGUGGUCACAUGUGCCACACACCAACGGCGACCAAAUCAUCCUGGGCUUUAGUGCCCGUUUAUCAGUGCUGCCAUCCCACAGGACAUGUUCAGCAGCUGAUAUAUAGAAAUACUGUGGGUGCCCACCCUUGUGAUCUUGUAUCUGUGUUUCAUCCUCAGAUCAUCUGUUGAGAAGUGAUUAGUUGCCUUCUAUCAAGGCUAUUAAAAUAUAAUUUAAGAAGAAAAUGGCUGACUAGGUGAAUCCAGUGAUGUUGAAUGGAUAGGAGUUUGCCAUGUUAUUAUCAAUAGAUUAGUGGCUUAAAAUUUAAAAAAGAUAUGGACUGCAGAGCCCAAAUUUCUUUCUCGGAUGCCUGGCUUUUUUUUUUUAUCAAUUUGAAUGUGUCUUGUUGCCAAAUUGAGCUGUGACCGGUGACUUGAAUAACUAGGGAAAUGGGGCAUGACGGCGCUAACCUCUGGGAUUGGUUGGGUUUCUGCUUAAUAAGUCAUUCUAGGCUUAGAACUAACCCUAACAAGCAUGAGGGCUGAGCGCUGCCGUGCCCCACAGGCCCAGUGACUGAGGUAAGUAGCAUGAAUGUCUCACAGGAUUAUGUUGAUGUGCUCAUUGCUUCUACAAGACCACUUCCAGCUGCCAGAAAAUGCAACAUGAUUACCAGUUGUUUACGUUAGCUGUUGUGUCACGGCAAGGUUUAUUUUCUCUUUGUCGUAAAGCAGAGGGUAAAGCUUACUGGAAUGCAGUUCAAAGUCAAUAGGUGGUAUUCGUGAUGUAAACAUCUAGUGUGUGGCGCGGCCGCACAAACAAUUUUUCUCCCUCACCUUAGCUUUUUUUAUUUUUUAUUUUUAUUAAUAUUUUUUUCAUUUUUGAGAUUCAGAAAAUUGGUUGAAAGGAUCAUCAUUUCCAGUGUUUAUUGUCUCAGACUGCUGUAUACUUUUUUAAUUAGUUCCAUGUAAUAAAUUAUAUUUCAAUAGGCAAGAUGUGUUUUCAUGAUAAUAAAAAACAUCCAUAUUAAAAAAAAAUAAAAAAAUAAAAAAUAAAAAAAAAGUAAAAGACAAAAACAAACAAAAAAGUGUUUAUGUUGAUUAUUAUUUUUUUUUUCUUUUUUUUUUUUUUUUUUUCUUUUUUUUUUUUAUUCUUAUACUUAUUUAAGUUCUAGAGCUGACAUCUAGAACAUGAUGACAUUUCAUUUAGGUAAAUACCCAUUGGGGUCAAUAUCCUCUCAAACAGGCAGUUGGUAAAAGGAGCCAUCCUGAUGAGUGGAGGAGGGAAGCUAAACUCUUUUUUUUCUUUCUUGUGGUAUUUUUCAUUUACAUAAUUAUCAAGAAAAUUAGUAUUUUUUUUUCAUGUUCUAGUUCCAGCCACCACAAGAUAAUUUCAAUGUUAAUAUAGGUAUAUAUAUGCAGAAAGGGUAUCAGGUGAUUUCAUAACAACUCUUUACUGUGUGAAAAGUUCCAUGAAAAGUGGUAUAGCAGAUACUGCAUGUUGAAGAUAUGAUUUUUAUAAUUGGGUGCAGAUUAUGCAGUUUCAAAUAUCUGAAGAAAAGGCAUGACUGCAUGAGAGUUGGAUGAUAUUAACGUCAAUUAUGAACCUGGUGUGUCAAAAUUGCAAAUAACAUCUUAGUGCUAUUAGUAGGCCUUUAGAAAGUUGAUACUGCAACGGCUGGAUCUGAGAGUCCAUGGGAUUUAUGUAAAUAUAUAAUUUAUUUGUUUACUAACAAUCCAAGGGUUCUAAGUUUUUAGUAUUUCUUGUCAAGGUUUAUUUUUCUGAAGCAUUUACUGCAGGAAGAUGUAAGCAACUGGCUUCCUUUUUUAUUGAGCCUGUUAACUGCCUGUUAAAAGGAAGCAAACUGAUUGAAGUUUGAUAAAAGAUGGCUGAUCACUGCAAAUUAUAUCUAAUUAUGUAAAACAACACAGAUAUUUAUAUAAAUAUAUACAGUUUUUGUUGUAUGAAAUAAUUAUUACUUUUUUAUAAUAAACAAACAGGAGUGCAUGUUGAACCAAUGUUUACUGAAGGCUGGUAAAUCCCCCCUCGUUUCAUAGGUAUUAGUGUAUUGUCAUGGACAGUAGUUUGAGUAUACAGGAGUUCACUUAAAAUUGACAUUGACCUAUUAAGGAUUAUGCUUUUGGCAUUUGUAACAGUUCAACCAAGUUCCAGAAAGGGUAAACUGUGACUUAUGUUCAUGAUAUUACACCCAUAUUCUUGUGAUAUUGAAAAAAAAUAAGAACUGGUUGUAAAGAGUAGGAGGAAAGAGCUGUCAGUCAGAGUAGUAAUUGCAAAAAGAUGCUGACAGCUUUCAUAACUUCUCCCAAGGAUGAACUUAUAUUCUAAUGAUUAUGUUAGUCCCAAAUCAAAAUAAAUCAUGCAUGAAGUGGAACAGGGAUA